UCUGCGCUGCGGCUGCGCAGUCUGUACCAUCUUCUAGAACCCUGGGAUCUGUUCCGUGCUCUCUGGUGAAGGGUUACUGCAGUUCCAUCAUGUGGAGCCGAGAGCGGGGCCGCCUCAAGCCGUUACGCUGCGGGGUGGAGGAGCUACGGUGCCGCCGGCGGGAGCGGGAGGCAGCACUGCGGAAGGCACGGAGAGAGCAGCAGCUGGUCAGCAAGAGGCUGCUGAGAGACGAAGCCUUGGAGGAAGCCGAGGAGGGAUGUGUGGCCGUGAUCUUCGGGGAAGCCGAGAUCCAGCAGUUCCUGCGGUUAGCCCAGCGGGGGACAGAGGAAAAGGAGAGAGAGGGGGCUCUGGUCAGCCUUCGGCGAGGCUUGCAGCGCCCUGAGACACAGCAGACCUUCAUCAGGCUGGAGGGCAGCAUUCGGACCCUAGUCGGGCUCCUGACCAGCAACCGGGCCCUGCUGCAGCUUGAGGCGGCUCGGUGCCUUCAUGAGCUGUCUCACUCUGAGCAGUCUGCAGUAGUUGAGGCCUGCCUGCCAGCCACUUCCUACCUUCUCACCUACCUCUCCGGUCACAGCUCAGACUUUAUAGAGCUCUGUCUGUAUACACUGGGUAACCUGAUUGUGGAGAGUGAGGCUGUGAGAAGGCAGCUCCUGCCACAGGGCAUUGUUCCAGCCUUGGCUGCCUGCAUCCAGUCUCCCCAUCUGACUGUGCUGGAAGCUCUUGGAUAUGCCUUGUCCCAGCUUCUGCAGGCUAAGGAAGCUCCAGAGAAGAUCAUCCCCUCUGUCCUGGGCUCCACUCUCCCCCAACAUAUGCUGCAACUGUUGCAACCUGGCCCAAAGCUGAACCUUGGAGUAGCUGUGGAGUUUGCCUGGUGCCUUCACUACAUCAUCUGCAGCCAGGUCAACAAUGCCCUGCUCAUCACCCAGGGCGCUCUGUCCACCCUGGGGCUGCUGCUGUUGGACUUGGCUGGGGCUGUCCAGAGAACUGAGGAUGCAGGACUGGAGCUGCUGGCAUGCCCUGUGCUUCGGGGUCUAAGCAACUUGCUAACAGAGGCAGCAGCAGAGGCUGUGGGAAGGCAACUGCAGCUCCGAGAUGAGCGUGUUGUGGCAGCCUUAUUUAUCCUUCUGCAGUUCCUCCUCCAGAAACAGCCCAGCCUGCUUCCUGAGGGCCUCUGGCUCCUUAACAACCUCACUGCAAACAGUCCUAGUUUCUGCACCUCCUUGCUCUCCCUGGAUCUGAUUGAGCCCCUCUUGCACUUGUUGUCUGUAUCUAAUGUGGUGCUCACGGUUCUGUGCAACGUUGCAGAGAAAGGUCCUGCUUACUGUCAGCGUCUAUGGCCAGGGCCCCUGCUCUCCUCCUUGCUGGACACGUUGGCCUUCUCUGACACUGAAGUAGUAGGCCAGAGUUUGGAGCUGCUGCAACUGCUGUUCCUCUAUCAACCAGGGGCUGCCCAGGCCUUCUUGCAGCAGUCAGGGCUGCAGGCCCUACAAAGGCAUGAGGAGGUGGCACAGCUCCAGGAUCGUGUGCAUGCUCUCCAGCAGAUAGCUCUUCAUGGGUGACUUGACUUCUCGAAGUCAUGUACUCCACUCCCCAUCUCCCCCACUCCCCAGCUUCCUGGCCCACAGAGCCCCUUUGGGAGGUUUAGAACCAUAAUGACAUCAUGCCCUCUGCUCCCACACCUAAGCCUAAGUCAAGAUCUCUGGAUCCCAGCUCCUCCUGUUUUACCCAGCAGGGUCCAGGCGGGAGGACCAGAGGGAACCCAGUGUGGCCUACUUAAUCUGGGUCCAUAGAAUCUCCUUUUUUC